AUGUCGGAAUAUCAUAUACAAAAUAUCUUCCAAGAAGGUGAUCUGAAAUACAAGUUUGAAAGAUGUGAAGUCUCCCAGUUCAAGAAAUCAGAAGAUGACCAUGACAGAUUGACAUCAGAGACCAGUGUGGUUGUGAUCCUCACCCUUUAUUUUACCCAGAUGGUAACAGUUGAGAAAAUAAAACAUGAGCUGGUUUUGGGUGUCAUUGCAAAUAACCCUAAUCCUACCAAGGCUUUGAAAAUUGAUGUGAACAGCAUACAAAUCACAGUAGCUGCAGAAAAUCCUACUACAACAACGCCUUUAACCUCAUCAGGUCACAGGGAGGGAGCAAGGGGUAGAAUUCUAACCUUGGGUUGUGUUUGUCCAGGUUCAGGACAGCUCACCACAAGCAAGCCCUCAACAACAGUGGCUGAGUGUUUGCCACCUGCUGAACUCUGUGCUGAUGGUGCAACCUGCAUCAGUGAAGAAUUCUUUUGUGAUGGAGUCUUGAACUGCCCAGAUGGUUCAGAUGAAUCUGAAAAGAGAUGUGCUGCAGUUUGUGAUGGAAAAUUCAUGUUGACUGGCUCCUCUGGGUUUUUUCACUCUAUGAAUUAUCCAAAGCCAUAUAAUGAGAACAUUGUUUGCCAAUGGAUAAUAGUAGUGCCUCAAGGGUUGUCCAUUAAACUGAACUUCACUUCUUUUGAAACACAACCAUAUGCAGACGAGCUGAGUAUUUUUGAAGGAUUAGGACAAAACAAGGUUUUAAGAGCUUCUCUGUCAGGGACCAAUCUUGAAACAAUUUACAUUUUUUCUCAUGAGGCUACAGCACAGUUUAUGUCCGAUUAUUCAGAGAAUUACAAUGGCUUUAAUGCAACAUACACUGCAUUUAAUGCGAGUGAACUAAACAAUUAUGAGAAAAUCAAUUGCACUUUUGAAGACGGCUUUUGUUUCUGGAUACAAGAUUUAGAUGAUGAUUCAGACUGGGAAAGAGUUCAGGGUCCUACCUUUCCCUUCAUGAGUGGUCCUGAAUUUGAUCAUACAUUUGGCAACUUUUCAGGAUUUUAUAUUUCAACACCCAUUGGACUUGGAUUCGUAGAAGAGCGAGUCCGGAUUCUGAGUUUGCCUUUGGUCCCUUCAGAUAUGUAUUGUCUAAGCUUCUGGUAUUUCAUGUAUGGGGAUAAUGUUUACCGUUUAAGAGUUAGCAUCAGUGAUGAGCAUGGUCAGGAAAAGAUUGUUUUUGAGAAAGAAGGAAACUAUGGAAACAACUGGAAUUAUGGACAAGUAACUUUAAAUGAAACAUCUGAUUUUAAGGUUAUUUUUGAUGCCUUUAAAAGGCGUGGUCCCAGUGACAUUGCUGUGGAUGACACUGGCCUGACGAAGGGAAAGUGCAAUGAAGACAAUUAUGUAGAGCCAACUGUGAGGCCAACUCCUGCCACCACCCCAUUAAUUCCCACUGACUGUGGAGGGCCGGUUGAACUCUGGGAGCCAAACAGUACAUUCAGCUCUGCAAACUUUCCAAACAAUUACCCUAAUUUAGCUUCUUGUGUGUGGUACUUGAAUGCUGAAAAUGGAAAAAACAUCCAACUUCAUUUUCAGGUUUUUGAUCUGGAAAAUAUUUAUGAUGUUGUUGAAAUCAGAGAUGGCAGAGGACCAGAUUCCUUACUUUUGGCUGUCUACACAGAGAAAGGCCCACUGCCAGAUGUCUUCUCUACCACCAACCAGAUGACAGUGAUCCUCCGGACGGACAAGUCUGCAACUAGGAAGGGAUUUCUUGCAAACUUCACCUCUGGCUACCAUCUCAGGCCUUGCACAGCUGAUAAGCAUCAGUGUGGUAGUGGGAAGUGCAUCCCAUUGCACAACCUGUGUGACAACAUACCUCAGUGUGAAGAUGGCUCUGACGAAGCAAAAUGCAUGAGAUUACUCAGUGGCUCUCUGAGCUCCGAAGGGCUGGUACAGGCCAGGGUUGGGAGGACGUGGCACCUGGCAUGUGCAGAUGAUUGGAGUGGAGAGAUUGCAGACAGUGUUUGCCAGCUGCUGGGGUUGGGGGAUGCAAAUAUGUCAUCAGCUGUAUUAUUCACUGGAAAUGGCCCAUUUGUCACCAUCACCAAAGGAGGUAACCACCACCUAAUUUUUACAAAAAGAGAACACUGUUGGAACAACCUGGUGGUUCAUCUGCAGUGUAACAUUCAGUCUUGUGGGAAACACCUGGUAACUGAGAAGAAUGGAACAAGAAUUGUAGGUGGAAAUGAUGCCAGAAGAGAGGCUUGGCCCUGGAUAGUUUCACUCCAUUUUAAUUUCCAACCCGUUUGUGGAGCUUCCCUUGUCAGUGACGAGUGGCUGGUGACAGCAGCACAUUGUGUCUAUGGGAGACAGCUGAAGCCAUCCCGCUGGCGGGCGGCUCUCGGCUUGUACAGCCAGGCAGACCUGGCACAGCCUCCAACAGUGGUCCAAAACAUCGACAGGAUAAUUAUAAACCCUCAUUACAUGAGGGAAACAAAAGACAGUGAUAUUGCUCUGAUGCACCUUCAACACAAAGUGCAGUACACAGAUUACAUACAACCUAUCUGCCUACCAGAAAAAGAUCAACAGUUUUCACCAGGAAUUAACUGCUCCAUUGCUGGUUGGGGUAGUAUUAGGAAUGAAGGUCCCUCUUCAGAUAUAUUGCAAGAAGCAGAGGUCCCUCUCCUUUCCAAUGAAAAAUGCCAGCAAUGGAUGCCAAAGUACAAUAUUACUGAGAAUAUGCUCUGUGCAGGCUAUGACAUGGGAAGAAUAGAUUCCUGCCAGGGGGAUUCAGGUGGCCCUCUGACAUUUGAAGAUGGGGACAAGUGGUUUUUGGUUGGUGUGACAUCAUUUGGAGAAAAGUGUGCACUGCCCCAGCGACCAGGAGUGUAUGCUCGAGUCACCAUGUUUGUGGACUGGAUCAAAACCAUCAUCUAUUAGCUUGAUAUUUUUUAUUAUAGCAAUGGAGUUCAGAUGUAA